UAAUUAUACAGACAGUAGAGUCUUUUUAUGCCAGGAAAAAUAAAGCACUUGGUGCCUCGUGCAAUUUCAGAACCUGAUUUCAAAAGGAUCAUAACAAGGAGAAAAUAAAAUGUAGCUUGGUAGACUGCUCCACGGGAAAUAUUUGUUAAUGGACUGUUUCUACAUUAUUACACCAGCAUGAAAAAACAGGAUUACCACUGAUUUGAAGCUUGAAAAAUGAGCAGGCACAUCUGUUGGAUUUGUAAGCUAUGCAGAGCUGAAUCUAAGAGGCUCCCCUCAAACCUUACUUUAGAAGAGGUUUUAGGAUGGGCCCAAUCUUUGGAAAGUCUAAUGGCUACAAAAUACGGCCCAAGAGUAUACACAGCAUAUUUAAAAUUGGAGCACAGUGACGAGAACAUUAAAUUCUGGAUGGCAUGUGAAACCUACAAGAAAAUUGCCUCACGGAGGGGCAGAAUUUCUAGAGCAAAGAAGCUUUACAAUAUCUACAUCCAGCCACAGUCCCCUAGAGAGAUUAACAUCGACAGUACAACAAGAGAAGCUAUCAUCAAAAGCAUUCAAGAACCCACUCAAACAUGCUUUGAAGAGGCUCAAAAGAUUGUGUAUAUGCAUAUGGAAAUGGAUUCUUAUCCCAGAUUUUUGAAGUCUGAAAUGUACCUAAGACUUCUAAAAACUGUUCAACCCAAAAGUUCUUGAGUGCUACCCAGAAGUUCAAGCGGAAGAUGGCACAUUGCAAGUGUUAACUUAAAUUUAGAAAAAUAUACAAAACAAGAAUGAAAGGAGAAAUGAAACAGAAUCCAAGCCAUAAAUUGAUUUCUAGUUCCCAAAUGAAAUGCAUUCCAAACAUAAUGAGCUCGCAAAUACUACAGCACAAUUUAUAGCAUACUUACAGAGAGGAAUUAACAGAGAAGGAGAAAGAAGCUAGCUUCAUCAUACAAACACUAUAACAUUUUUACUAUACUAGGCAACUCAUGAUCUUUCCUCAUUAAAGAAAUUUAGCAGCCAUAGCACAGACAACUUGUUUUAAAACCUUUGCUCUUUAAAUUAUGUCUCUAUGUAUUCUACAGAUAUGCUCAAAAUCACUUGAAUUAGUAUAUAAGCUUAAUAGUCAUGGUAUAAUCAAUUAUAUUGUAGCAUGAGAAGUAUGAAAAAUAUGUUCUUAAGAGACAAUUUAGCUAUAAAUUUUUCCUAGUAGGAUGUCCAUAAUUGACCUCCUAUAUCACAUAUACCUUCUACAUGGAAAAUCUUUGUGAUGAGUCUAAGUGGUUAUUAUGUGUGACUCAUUGUUCAUUUGUAUUGUUUACUUUGCUAUUGGGGUAUAAAAUUUUGUCUUUUAUUUGGGGAUUUGUUUCUUCACAGUAUGAAAUCAUCAUGGUGUUGGGAGCCAAUAAAUCGAAACUAAAAGGUAAUGUGCAUAUUUUUCAAAGAUGCCUUAUUGUACCUUGCAGUACAGAUUCCAAAGGGGCUGAAGUUUGUGAAAAGUAAGAAAAUAGAACAAAGGGCAGUUUAACUUA